CCGUCGGAUCACACCGGAAUGCAUUUGAUCCAACGGCGCUCGAUGCCCGUCCAUCUGGGCCCUUCGAUACGAAAUCCUACGGUCGUGAAUAGCAUUUCUUGAUCUUAAUCGACGGAUGGUUUUUCUUGGGAGAGCAGCUGUGUUGUGAUCGAUCAUAAAGAGUGUGUUCACUGCUGGUAUUACAUACACCACCUUGUUUCGCCUUCAGAUUUCGAAGAUUGUUUGUUGUGUAUGUUUUCAUCUCCUCUUUCUCAUCGUCGUCUCUGUGGGUUUGUAUGCAUCCAUUUGCGUCUCUAUACUGAAAUAUGAAAAUCGAAAUCGCAACUUCAGCCAUAAUCCUUUUACUUUCAAGCCUGUUGUUGUCUUCUACUGCUUUUACUACAACAAAUGACGGACUACUCAGGAUAGGCCUAAAAAGGGUGAAGUUGGAUCAAAGCAACAGGUUUGCAGCUCGUCUUAAGUCCAGAAAAGCAGGGGCCUUACGAAGUCCAAUCAGGAGCUAUAAGUUCCAGGAUAAACAUGACACUGACAUUGUUGAACUGAAGAAUUACCUGGAUGCGCAGUACUAUGGUGAGAUUGGUAUAGGCACUCCCCCUCAGACAUUCACUGUCAUUUUUGACACUGGUAGCUCCAAUCUGUGGGUGCCAUCCUCGAAAUGCUACUUAUCCAUCCCUUGUUACUUCCACUCAAAGUACAAGUCCAGCCAGUCCAGCACUUACAAAAAGAACGGGAAACCUGCUGCAAUUAGCUAUGGAACUGGAUCUAUAUCUGGAUUCUUUAGUGAGGAUAGUGUCAAAGUUGGUGACCUAGUUGUAAAGGGACAGGAAUUCAUUGAGGCUACAAGGGAACCUAGUAUUACGUUUUUGGUGGCCAAGUUCGAUGGCCUAUUGGGGCUUGGCUUCAAAGAGAUCUCUGCUGGAAAUGCGACACCAGUAUGGUACAACAUGGUUGAACAAGGUCUUGUCAAGGAUCCUGUCUUCUCCUUUUGGCUCAAUCGAAACCCGGAGGAUGAAGAGGGUGGUGAAAUUGUAUUUGGUGGGGUUGAUAAACACCAUUUUAAAGGCAAGCAUACAUAUGUUCCUGUGACACAGAAAGGAUACUGGCAGUUUGAUAUGGGUGAUGUACUCAUUGAUGGUAAAGAAAGCGGAUUCUGCAAUGGAGGAUGCUCAGCUAUAGCGGACUCUGGGACUUCUCUGUUAGCUGGGCCAACUACUCUGGUCGCGAUGAUCAAUCAUGCCAUUGGGGCUACUGGACUCGUCAGCCAAGAAUGCAAGGCUGUGGUUGAACAAUAUGGGCAAACUAUUGUCGAUCUUCUUUUAUCAGACGCUCAACCUAAGAAGAUAUGCUCCCAAGUUGGUUUGUGCACCUUCGAUGGAAAUCAUGGUGUUAGUGCGGGUAUUGAGAGCGUAGUAGAUGAAAAGCAAGGAAAGUCAUCUGGCUUGCGCGAUGGAAAGUGCUCCUCCUGUGAAAUGGCCGUCGUUUGGAUGCAAAACCAGCUCAAAAGGAACCAGACUCAAGAACGUAUCCUCGACUAUGCAAAUGAGCUGUGCGAGCGGCUUCCAAAUCCCACCGGAGAAUCGACUGUUAACUGUGAACGCAUAUCUUCCAUGCCUUCCAUUUCCUUCACUAUUGGUGAAAAGGUCUUCGAUCUCUCCCCACAUGAGUACAUACUCAAGAUCGGCGAGGGAGCUGCUGCGCAGUGCAUUAGCGGAUUCACCGGCUUGGACAUUCCGCCUCCUCGAGGGCCUCUUUGGAUCUUGGGAGACAUCUUUAUGGGCCGAUAUCACACCGUGUUCGAUUUUGGCAAACUGAGAGUCGGGUUUGCGGAAGCUGCUUAGACUGCGUUUGUUUUACUUGUCUUAGAACCUAACAUAUCUAUCUGGCUCGUUUCGAUAAAGAGUGAAGUUUGGAUUAGUAGUUUAGGACAGUUUUUGUUUAAACUUAUGGAACUUUUCGACAGACAACGCAUACAUAAGUAAAUCCGAUUUACA